AUAACUUACUGAUAAUUUUAUAGAAAACUACGAUAUAAAAAGUAAUUAUAAAUUAGAAAAAAAUUCAAACCUGUUUUUCAAUAUGCACGUGCGUCUGCCAUAAUAGGACGCCAUGGCCGAGCAAAUGGAGGUUUCUACAACAAACGGUACAAACAGUACAAUUAUGUCUGUUUCUGGAGAAACUGGCAUGCCUAUUGACGACACUGUCAAGUUGGGGAAAUAUUGUUGGAGAUGUCAGAAAGAAAUGAAUGGACUAACGACAUAUCGGCCAGAAGAAAUGACAUCAAAAGAUUAUUAUUUUGAUUCAUAUGCUCAUUUUGGCAUUCAUGAGGAAAUGUUAAAAGAUGAGGUCCGAACAUUAACUUAUAGGAAUGCAAUGUAUCACAAUAAACAUCUUUUCAGGGGUAAAGUAGUAUUAGAUGUUGGUUGUGGUACAGGUAUCCUUUGUAUGUUUGCUGCCAAAGCUGGAGCUGCAAAAGUCAUUGGAAUUGAAUGUUCAAGUAUUGUUGAACAUGCCGAACAGAUAGUAAGAGAAAAUCACAUGAGUGAAAUUAUAACAAUGGUGAAAGGAAAAGUGGAGGAAGUUGAAUUACCAGAUGGUAUUGAGAAAGUAGAUAUAAUAAUCUCAGAAUGGAUGGGCUAUUGUUUGUUUUACGAAUCUAUGUUGGACACUGUUCUUUACGCUAGAGAUAAAUGGCUGAAACCAGAUGGUUUAAUGUUUCCAGACAGAGCCACAUUAUUUGUAUGUGCAAUAGAAGAUAGACAAUAUAAAGAUGAAAAGAUUAAUUGGUGGGAUAAUGUCUAUGGUUUUAAUAUGAGCUGCAUACGUAAAGUUGCCAUUUCGGAACCUUUGGUUGAUGUAGUUGAUCCCAAGCAGGUGGUCACAAAUGCUUGUCUUUUAAAGGAAGUUGAUUUAUAUACAGUAAAACAAGAGGAUUUAACUUUUACGUCGCCAUUCCAUCUUCAAGUAAGAAGAGAUGAUUAUAUACAAGCAUUUGUAACAUUUUUUAACGUCGAAUUUACUAAAUGUCACAAGCGUACUGGAUUUUCAACAGCUCCGGAAGCCCCUUACACCCAUUGGAAGCAGACGGUGUUUUACUUUGACGAGUAUUUGACCGUAAAGAAAGGAGAAGAAAUGUUUGGCGUGUUUGGCAUGAAGCCAAAUUCUAAAAACAAGCGAGAUUUGGAUUUCGUGAUCGAUCUCGACUUCAAAGGAGAGUUGUCGGAAAUGUCCGAGAGUUUCGACUAUCGAAUGCGUUAAUUACGAGACGAAGUAAUUUCUAAUAGGUACUCCCAAAUGUCUUGUGUCAUCUUAUUAUUCCCUCAUUUGAUGUUGCAUUUGUCCUUUCGCGGUACCUCGAUUACGUGCAAACGGGGUGCCGUACCAGACUGUAGUCGAGGUUGUCCACAGUUUUUUUUUCUCGAGGAUACUUGCAACAAGUUCAGCUAAUCAAUGUUGUGGUGGUUUAAAAAGAAGCAAAAAGACAUUUUUAAUGUUAUCAUUUUUGAAUUUGAAAGGUGCUUCCAAUUUCGAGGAAGAGUUGCCGGUGUCUGUACAUUGCAGUUUUGAGCCGGCCGUAGGGGCAAGAAACCCACAAUCCCGCAAACCGCCGGCACGUUCGAGUACGACAUCGCCGAUCGCGCACGGACAACCAGUUUGUUAGUAAACUUGUUUGUAAGCCAUAUCCAUUUUUCACCAUUUUUUAAACUAACAUUAAUAUCCAAAUUUAAAUAGUAAACUUAAUCUACGUGAGAAACGAAAUACAAAACUAUUCUAUCGACUACAAAAUUACUUUAUUCGAGAUUCGAUUUCGGAGACCUAAAGAUCCUCUACGUACUUCAACGGACGAGGAAAAUUAUUUCGUUCGGAGCCAUUCCGUCUUUUAAAUUCUCUGAUAGUUUUUAAUUAAAAAUGUUUUUUUGUACGUUGGAUUUGCAUUCGAAACACAGCAAAAACAUUACCGUCUGUGUCGAUCGAAAUUUAAGAUUUGUCCAUUUGCUUUUCUCAGACACAUGUACCAUAUAUUUUACAAGUGAUCAAUUAAAAAAAAACAUAAAAAGGUA